GUUUUUGUUGUUGAAAUACGGUGCCGUUUUAGUCGAGGUUACAUUUCCCCUUUUCUUUCUCGUCAGUCCAGAGCUACUCUUCGACCUCUGUCCUGGUGAACGGUGGUGGCGCUCGUGUUGAGUGAUUCUGAAAAUGGCGUUCAGAGGGAAAGAGAUGAUGAAGAAGGUUCUGAAGAAAGUGGGGGAGAAGAAUUUGACUCCAAAAGCCAAGGAAUCGUUGCAGAAAUGCAUUCCCAAAACCAAGAUCGUCAUGGGUCGUGCCAAACGCGGUCUCUUUGCCGGACGACACAUUCAGUUUGGCAAUACUGUCAGUGAAGAUGGCGGUAACAAGACAAGGAGAAAUUGGAAGCCUAAUGUCCAGGACAAGCGGCUGUUUAGUUAUAUUCUAGAUCGACAUAUUCGUGCUAAAGUCACCACUCAUGCUCUUCGUUGCAUAGACAAAGCAGGUGGGAUUGAUGAAUACUUGCUGAAAACUCCUUAUCACAAGAUGGACACAGAAAUAGGCGUCCUGUGGAAGGCAAAGAUUGAGAAGUUGUACGAAGAGCUUGGCAAGAAGGAGGUUGUGUUCUUUUCACCCGAAGAUGAAGCGAACUUUGAACAGAGCUUUAAAGAUUUGAAACUAUCUGAAAGGGAAGCACGCAAAGAAAUCAGAAAAAUAAUGUAUGCUGGGAUGGGCAAGCACAAGCUAAUUGGUGUUGAACGUAAAGGUGAUCAAUCUAUUGAAGAGGGAGGCACUAAAAAUGAGGAAGAAACCUCACAUGAUUCCACAAAACGGGUGGUUCCUGUGUCGUAUGUGUUAGCUCCUGACAAGCUCAAAAUUGGAAGUUAUGUUUCUAAUUAAUGUUAUGGUAGCUGAUAAGGACAGUCUAAUUUCUAUUAGCCCAUACAGUAUGAAAGUCUUUGUUAUUUGAUUUUUGAGCCAUGCUGCUUUUAUGCUUAAAACAGUGUAGUCAAAAGCAUAGCCGAAAUAAUAGUCUUAUUAUCUUGUAGCAUAUGAACUUUCUGAUGCCAACUUGGUUAGAUCUGAAAGGAAUUAUAAGAGUUAAUUAAAGGGAGUAUUGUUUUUA